AUGUCAGCUGCUAACAACCAUCUAAAGCUGGACGAACUGUUGCCAGCAGAGAGAAUCCUGCUUGACGUGACAAUCGCAGGAUUGGAAAAUCAGAAGGAAAGAAAAGACGAGAAACAAUUGCAAGCCAUUGCUAGGUCGCUCAAGAUACUUGGCUUGAAGUCCAUUCAUUUGAUCAAUUUGAUUUUUCAAAAGAAGUGCGGGAAAGCAAUUGCCACGGAACAGGACUACCAAUGUGUUUCUGAAACUGAAGAAGAACGAACUUCGUGGAAACAAGAAGAUUCUUUCUCUGAAGCUCUUACGGCUUUCUUGAAAGAAUUGAAGGCUGAAUUAAAGAAAGAGCCAAACCAGGAGUUCAAACGUAUUCUAGAGAGUAUUGAUGACAAAUACAGCUCUCUUGCUGCCCCGAUCAAGUUGGAAAAUCAAUUCAAAGAAGGUUUGGACCUGAGCCAAAUCGAUAAAUUGAUUGGAAACUGGAAGGAAGUCAGUUGGGCUGAACAGAUGAGAUACAACGAGGAGCAAUUAGAGCGGGAACAGUUAGCGAAGGAAAGCGAAAUUUACUGGAACACGAAAAUACCGGCUUCUAAUCAGCAAAAAUUUUCGGCUCUUUCCGGGAAGAACGGUUCCAAAGCUGGAAUGUCGGUCCCAUCAUCGGACCGCCGGUCCCAACCAAUUGCGACAAUGAUAACGGUCCCAAUGUCCCAAGAACGGUCCCAAAGUUCCGAUAACGGUCCCAAAGUUCCGAUAACGUUUGCUGACAUUGAGACGACAAAGGAAACAUUGCCGAAAAGCUCUUCGAAUUAUCCGGAAGAAGAAAGACAGGUGGAAAAGGAGGAAUAUAACGAUUCGCGAUCAGAGACCAUGAACUAUUUCCUCUUCCCAGAAUAUCAAGCCCUUUUGGAUGAACUUAAAACUCUAGAUCAAUUGAAUCUUGAAGACCUAGAGAAAUUGAACAGAAGAAGAAAAGAACAGUUUGUAAACGAUUGCGCACCUUCAACUGCUUUGACUGUCUUGAAGAAAAGUUCCAGUAACGACUUGGACCCGAAAGAUUGCGCUUGUGUUUUGGAAGCCAUGGAUAACGAAAAAAGUUUUUCAACUGCCUCGCAUUGUUCAAAAAAACACUGUAAAGAAGAUUCGGAUCUGAACUCAAUGGAAAGUAUUUUUCAACGUGUGGAAAAAUGGAAUGAACAAAAUUGGGCUGAAAAGAAGAAAAAACUCGAGUCGCGAUCGGAGGAAGUCAAUGAAUUGGUCAAAAACUGGAAGAAAGAAAAUAGGGCUGAAGAGAGAAGAGAUAACGAGGAGCGACUAAAAUAUCUCCAAAAAAGACACAAAGUUAUGAAGUCAGCCAUCGAAACAGCUGUUGAAAACAUUGAGACCAUGAAAAAUUUUGUCUUACCGGAAUAUCAAGCCCUUUUGGAUGAACUCAAAGCGCUCGAUCAAUUGAAUCUUGAAGACUUAGAUAAAUUGGACAAAAGAAGAGAUGAACAACUUGCGAACGAAUGCGCACUUUCAACUUCUUCUGUUGUCACCAAGGACGUUGCCAGUGAAGACUUGGACGCGAAAACUAAUGAUGAGUGGGUUUUUGUCAGCGAUUCUGAAGGACAGUCGUCGUCAGAACCUACUGGCUCCAACAGUUUUCUGUACAAGAAUACGUCGGAUUUCUUGAAGAAAAACGGAUAUCAAUCGUAUGAAUUUGUAUACGGAACCAGCCAAUAG